UUCAAGGUGGUCUUCGACACGGGCUCGGCCAACCUGUGGGUGCCAUCCUACAAGUGCUCUCCCCUCUACAGCGCCUGCGUUUCCCACAGCCGCUACGACUCCUCCAAGUCACGGACGUACAUAGCCAACGGCACGGGCUUCGGUAUCCGCUACGGGACAGGGAGUGUCAAAGGCUUCCUCAGCCAGGACAUUGUCAUGGUGUCGGACAUCCCCAUCAUCCAGGUCUUUGCCGAGGCGACGGCGCUGCCUGCCUUCCCCUUCAUCUUCGCCAGGUUUGACNNNNCCCUUCUCGCUGGGUUUCUGGGGACGGCAGCUGAGGGGGAAUCACUCCACUGUGUUUCGCACCCUAGGAAUUCUCCUCUGAAACCCGGAGGGGAAAUAAUCCUCGGAGGCAGUGACCCAGCUUACUACACCGGGGACUUCCACUACUUGAACGUCAGCAAGAGCGGCUACUGGCAGGUCAGCAUGAAAGGGGUGUCUGUAGGGGCUGAAACCCUGUUCUGCAAGGAAGGCUGUUUUGUGGCCAUCGACACAGGAGCAUCCUACAUCACUGGUCCAGCUGGCCCCAUCUCCGUGCUAAUGAAAGCCAUUGGGGCAGCAGAAAUGGCUGAAGGAGAGGCACACUGCACUAGAGUUGUCCCUCAUGGCACCUCCGUCACUGCACCGGUCUCCUCUUUGCAGCAAUCCCAGUACGGGGAGGAUAUUUGCGUGGUGGCUUUCUCGGGGCUGGACAUCCCACCCCCAGCUGGUCCCCUCUGGAUCCUGGGUGCCAACUUCAUCGGGCACUACUACACCAAGUUCGACCGGCGCAACAACCGCAUUGGCUUUGCCACUGCCCGCUGA